AUGCUAAAAGAUAACAGCAAGGCAUUACUUAUUUUAGAUGAGACCAAAAAAAAACUUUCACCCAUGAAGGAUGCCGCCUUCCAGAAAAGGGAGGAAGCUGUGCAAGCAAGACUAAACCCACAAAGCGGUGAGGAUCCUUUCAAUGCCGUUAACAAUAUGUCUACGCGAGGUCUCACCCAAUUACCCUUGCCUGAUCCACGUGAUGAGUUGAGGUAA